AUGGCUGAAUCCAAGAAAGAAAUGGACGAUCUGUGUGCCAUGCUGUCUGAAUGCCACUUACUUGGAAAUCCUCGAGAAUGGUGGAUGGAUUUCGAUGCCACCCACCACGUUUGUGCAAAUAAGGAGUUGUUUGCUAGAUUUACUCCAUCUCAAGGCGAAGAGAAAAUCUAUAUGGAAAAAUCCGCAAUUGCAAAAGUUGAAGGAACUGGAAAGGUCUGGCUGCAAAUGACAUCAGGAAAAGUGUUGACUCUUAACAAUGUCCUAAUUUCGCUGACCAAUGAGAACAAAGUCAAGUCUACCUUGCCUGAAUCUAUUAUGUUCUUAUUAUUGCCUGCCUGUGAAGUAAAUGGAUUGGAUUUUUUGAGAUCAGCAAAGAAUCUUUACUUCUUCGAUCUCUCAAAUAACAGGAUUCAAGGAAAAAUUCCUAAUUGGGCAUGGUCUAAUUGGAUGCUUUCAGUGGUAGGUUUUAAUUUAUCCCACAAUAUGUCGACAAGUAUAGACGGGAUUCCUGCUAGUCUAGUUUCUAUAUAUUUACCGUCCAAUUCUCUUCAAUGGUCAGUACCUAAUAUUUCGGUCUCUUUAGAAUAUUACUUUAUAUUAAAUAAUAAUCUCAGUGGGGAGAUUCCUUCUUCUGUCUGCAAUUUAACAUCAUUAAAAUUUCUUGAUUUGGCAAGAAACAAUUUAAUGGGGGCAAUUCAAGGAUGUUUAGGUAACAUGAGUGACCAACUCGAGGUUAUGGAUAUGCAACACAAUAGUCUCUCUGGGAAUCUCCAAACAACUUUUAGUUUCAGAAGUCAACUUAAAAGCUUCAACUUGUACGACAAUAAGGUAGAGGGAAAUAUUCCAAGAUCUUUGGAUAAUUGCAAUGAGUUGGAAGUUCUUGAUUUAGGAAGCAAUCGCCUCAAUGACACAUUUCCUAUAUGGUUGGUGAUACACAAACAAAGUACGAAAUCAGAAAAUAAACUAAGAUAUGAAUAUGAAAGCUAA